CCCCUUCUCCCUGCCAAGGGUCAGCCCACAUGGGCUGCCACCCCCUCUGUCCAGUCCUCUGGGAAGACUGGAGGGGCCAAGGUGCCUGGUGCCUGCGGUUCAGGAGCCCACCUCCAUCCCCAGGGAGUUCCGGGCUCCCGAGGGCCAGCGGCUCCGGCCCUGAGGUGGGGCUCCCCGAGGCCCUGCCUCCCACACCCUUUCACCCACCAGGGCGACUUUCUUGCGGGGAGAGGCAGAGAAUGCUGGGCUUUGGCCACUGCCUCUGAGCUGUGCCCUCGGUGCCCAGGUCCGAGAGGAAGGCCUGCCAGCCAGGCGGGCCACAGAGUCAGCCAGGCCACUGAAGACAGAGGACAGCCUGAGCAGGAGCACAGGAAGGCCUUCCGGCCUGCUGAGCCGUGGGCAGGACGGGCCCUCCCACAGCAGCACCCCUCGCGGGCACUCAGGACGGUGCAGCCAGAGGUGGAUGGCGAGGAGUCCGGCCUGGGGGGCGCCCAGAAGUGGGGCUGCCUGCAGCUGUCCCUGGAAUACGUCUCUGGAAGCCAGGAGGCUGAGCCAGUGAGGGAGCUGCGUGUCUCGCUCUGGUACGUGCCCAGCUCGGACCGGCUGACCAUGGUGGUGCUGGAGGCCCAGGGCCUGAGCCUGGGGCUGGCAGAGCCCUAUGCAAAGGUCCAGCUCGAGCUGAGCCAGAGGAAGUGGAAGACAAGGAAGACGUCUGCCAGGAAGAGUGUGAGCCCGUACUUCAGCAAGGCUUUUGCCUUGCUCGUCUGGUCAGCCAGGUCCAGGUGGGCUGCCCGGAGGGAAGGGCUCCUGUCUCCACCCUCCCCCACCGCCCCUCUGCCUGUCUCUGCCCAGAGUGUGGACUCGGUGCUGGCCAUCUGGGCUCAGGACCCCCGGCUCCGGGCCGAGCCCAUGGAUGAGGUGGCGCUGGGUGCCCGGGCCUCCGGUCAGCACAUGCUGGCCCACGCCCGGCGGCCCACCGCCCAGUGGCACCGCCUGCGCCUGCCCUUGCCGUGUUCCUGAAAACACCCCGGUGCCUCAGCCUCCCCGGCUGCCCUGGGGCCACCGCAAUGAACCCUCACUCCCACCCGCCUCCUGUCCGUCCUGUGGCCUUGGGGACA